AUGCAGCUGGAAACAGCUCUUCGGAUGCGCGAAGAGCACGACGACGACGGCAAAGACCGUCACUCGACUGUGCGUCGAAGCACCAGCCGAUGGAGCAGCGCUUCGCUGUAUGGCGCUAGCAACUACGAGCGCUGGGUGAAGGUGGUCGCGCUGGGGUCGCUGACCGUCUGGAUGGCCUUUGCUUUCUUCUUUUGGCGCACUAAUGGCACUGGUGCUGCUCAACACGUCACCGGUACGUCGCAGCUCUCACUUGGGGACAACACGUUCCCUGAAGAGACAAACUUUAUUGCGUUUGGCGACUUUGGCACGGGCAAUGACAGCCAACGCAAAGUGGCUGGGGCACUCGAGAAGUUCGCGGCGACGAUGGACCCGCCCCCAGCGUUUGUGUUGUCGACAGGCGACCAGAUCUAUGAUCAAGGGAUCCAGUCCAGUGCGGAUCCACUGCUUUCGACCAACUUUGAGCAGAUGUACACACACCCCGUGUUGCAAGUGCCGUGGUAUGUCACAAUUGGGAACCAUGACUGCGAGGGAUCGAUCGAUGCAAUGCUUCAGUAUGCAAAAAAGAAUGACUCGUUGUGGUACAUGCCACGUCGCUAUUACUCCGUUGACCGUCGCGUGGCACCCAAGACAAUCCUGAGACUCGUUGUCAUCGAUGCUUGUGACUUGGUCUGCGGCCGCGAGCCUCGCGACAUUCGAUGCACCGAACGAAUGAUCGAGCAGACUUCUGUAGCGACGAGACAGUUGCAGUACGAGUGGCUUGAGCAAACGCUGAGUGCCGGCAAGCCAGUCGGUGUGGACCAAAUGUGGACGAUCGUUAUGGGCCAUUGGGGCGUGUACAGCUUCGCAGGUAACGCCGACACGCCCGAGUUGAUCAAGACGCUUGAUCCGAUGCUGAAGAAGUACAACGUGCACGCGUACUUCAACGGCCACGACCACUCCAUGCAGCACAUACGCAAGGUGGACAGUACCAGCUCGUCCGUCCGCAACUACUUCGUCUCUGGUGCUGGUGGCUACGAGAUCCAUGACCUCCAACCCGACGCUCGUGCAAACCCCGACCUGGUGCACGCAGCAAUGACAUAUGGCUUCAUGUCCGUCCACGUAACCAGCACGACGUUGCGUGUUCAAUUCGUCGACAACACGAGCGAAAUCCUCUACACCACCGACAUACGAAACAAGUAG